CUCGGAGCGACGCCAUCGCCCGUCGCCGCCGCCCCAGCUCAUGUGAGAUUGUUAUACCCGUCGCCGCCGCUACAAAACUCCCUCCUUCAAAACCUCGCCAACUCUCUCACUUUCUACCUUUCCCCCCCCCCCUUCGCUGUGCUUCCAAAAUUCUCCUUCGCGCAGUCUUACCAGCGACCCCCCGGUCUUUCUUCGUCUUUGUCGCAAAGCCCCCCGCCACACCGUCAAGAUGGCCUCUCCACAGCAGAUCCGCACGCCCAUCACCGAUCUUUUCAAGAUCAAACACCCCAUCCUCCUGGCUGGCAUGAACGUGGCCGCCGGCCCCAAGCUGGCUGCCGCCGUCACCAACGCCGGCGGCCUCGGUGUCAUCGGCGGCGUCGGCUACACCCCCGACAUGCUCCGCGAGCAGGUUGCCGAGCUCAAGGAGUACCUCGAUGACAAGAACGCUCCAUUCGGCGUCGACCUGCUGCUACCCCAGGUCGGUGGCAGCGCUCGCAAGACCAACUAUGACUACACCAAGGGCAAGCUCGACGAGCUCGUCGACGUCGUUAUCGAGUCUGGUGCCAAGCUCUUCGUCUCGGCCGUCGGUGUCCCCCCCAAGGCCGUCGUCGACAAGCUGCACGCCCAUGGCAUCGUCUACAUGAACAUGAUCGGCCACGUCAAGCACGUCAAGAAGUGUCUUGAGCUCGGCGUCGACAUCAUCUGCGCCCAGGGCGGCGAGGGCGGCGGCCACACCGGCGACAUCCCCACCACUGUUCUCAUCCCUGCCGUCGUAAACGAGGUCAAGGGCCACAAGUCCCCCGUCACCGGCGGCCCCGUCCAGGUCAUCGCCGCCGGCGGCAUCCACAACGGCCAGUUGCUGGCUGCCUCCCUCAUGAUGGGCGCUGGCGCCGUCUGGGUCGGCACGCGCUUCAUUCUCACCGACGAGGCCGGUGCCCCCAAGGCCCACAAGGACGCCGUCCGCACCGCCGGCCACGACGACAACAUCCGCACAAUCAUCUUCACUGGCCGCCCCAUGCGCGUCCGCAACAACCCUUACAUCAACGACUGGGAGACCAACCGCCAGCAGGAGAUGAAGGAGCUCGCUGCCAAGGGCACCAUCCCCUACGAGGCCGACCUCGACAAGUUAACGGGCGAGGGCGCCGAGCACAAGGGCGUCGAGAGCAACAUCGCCGCGUCCGAGUCUGAGGACGAUGAUGACUCCGACGAUCCUUUUGAGCAGUUCCGCCCCUACCUGAUGGGCAAGUGCGCUGCCGUCUGCAACGAGACCAAGCCCGCAAAGGCGGUCGUCGACGAAUUUGUCAACGACGCCGUCGGCUGGAUCAAGACGGGCAACAAGAUGAUUGCCAAGUUGUAAACACAGUUGGAUCUGUGACUUGAUGUUUUCCUUUAUUACCUAGUUAUGACCAUGUAGACUACAUAAGGCAUUGGGCGCGUGCAAAAUGCGAAUACAUUCAAAACAAAAACAAUCAACGAAUAGGGC